UUUAACUGCCUUGCCUUUUUGCCUAUGGUUGUGAAAUAAGGGCAGAGAAUAGAAUAGAAAGGAAGGCCGUCAACUGGGUAACUCAAAAAUAUCAUGAAAUCUUGAAGAUUAGGGAGAAGAUUAGACGAUGAAUCCUUCAAAUCUCAAGUUUUCCAAGAGGUCCAAGAAGAAAUUUCAUGAGGAGGAAGAAGACGGAGCUACUAUGUCUAUGCCAAGUGCCAAUGUUCAAGCUUUAAGGGGCAGAGAUUGGCAUCUUGAUGGAGCAUUUGAUGUCUUCUAUAACCAAGCCCAUAUUAAAACAUUCACUGAUUCCAGAAAUUUGGAGAAGCUUUACAGCAGAUAUAAAGAUCCUUAUGUUGAUAUGAUACUGGUUGAUGGGAUCACUCUACUUUGCAAUGACCUCCAGGUGGAUCCUCAAGAUAUAGUUAUGCUAGUUGUUUCAUGGCACAUGAAGGCUGCCACCAUGUGUGAAUUCUCCAAGCAGGAAUUCAUCGGUGGAUUAAGAGCAUUAGGGAUAGAUUCUUUGGAGAAGUUUAAUGAGACGAUGCCAUUCAUGCGAUCUGAGCUUAAAGAUGAACAAAAGUUUUGUGAGAUCUACAACUUUGCUUUUGGUUGGGCAAAAGAAAAGGGUCAAAAAUCUCUGGCAUUGGAUACAGCUAUUGGAAUGUGGCAACUGCUGUUUGCUGAAAAACAAUGGCCAUUAGUUGAUCACUGGUGCCAGUUUUUGCAGGCUCGGCAUAAUAAAGCGAUCUCUAGGGAUACUUGGUCUCAAUUAUUGGAAUUUACCAAGACAGUGGACUUCACAUUAUCAAAUUAUGAUGUUGAUGGAGCUUGGCCUCAUCUUAUAGAUGAAUUUGUUGAAUACAUGAAUGAGAAUGGCUUCAUUCAAAAGGGUUAUCAGUCCAAAGAUUGGAGCCUAAAACGAUAGUAGACUGUGGGAGUGCUUUUAACUCUAUUUUUCCUAAAAGGAAAAAAAAUAGACCCAAAAAUGGAUAUAUUUAUAAAUUUAAACUGUGUUUGGCAAUUGGUGCACAACUUUUUUAGCUAAUGAGAUUGUUGAUAUGGCUUGACAUUUUCUUCA